AUGGGUAGAAGUAUAACGGCGUUGGAUGACCUAACGGUCAACAAUCUUGGCGUUUUCAAAAAAAUUAAUGAAGUGUCGCUUCCCACAAGAUACCCCCAAUCAUGGUACACUGCAUCGUUGGAGUCCUCAGAUGUCGUUGUUCAACUCGGAUUUUAUUCAGAAUUGCCAGUAGGAGCUAUACGAGCACGGUCCUUUAACAACAAUCAGAUCAAGUCAUCAUUCGCUGAGUCAAUCAACUCAACUACAUUACAAAAAACACCUAAUUGCAUGUACAUUGAAAGUUUUGCCGUUUUGGAGAAAUAUAGAAAUUUGGGAAUAGGUUCAGAAUUGCUUUCAUGGGUGAUUGAGGAGACUAAAAAGAGAUUUAUUCAUGAAAUCAUUAUCCAUGUUCAAGCAACUAACGAGAAUGCCAUAAGUUGGUAUCUCAAAAAGGGAUUUAAGAAACAAGAUUUAGUCGAAGGUUACUAUAAAGAGCAAGGAUUAGAAGCACCGGACGCAUACAUACUAAAGCACCUGGUUUAG